AUGGCUUCGUUGAAAGAAUCCCUGGCUGGCCCAGGAUACGUGAUUCUCAACGCCAUUCGUGUCAUCAACAUCAUUGUGUUUCUGGACAUCAUUGCCGCCAGCGUGGUCAUGCUGGUCAAGAUUGACUUGUUGACAGCGUUUUUCUUUUUUGAGGCUGUCUCCCACGUCGCCACAGCAGGCGUUAGUAUAUUCCUCAUCAUCUCCGAGCUUCCCUUUCUCCGCGGUUACUUCGACCGCAACUGGCCAUUAUUGGGGCAGAACUCCGGGUUCAUCACUUUGGCGAUAGCGAUGCUGAUACUGGGAGUUGGAGUGCUGGGAGACCUAAACACGAACGCCACCAGCCAGGAAUCUCUUGGAAUGGCAUUCUGGAGGAUUGUGCUCUCUGCUGGCAUUCUAGCCAUGAUCAUGAGCGUGAUCAAUGUGAUUGCGAGCUUUGUCUUCGCCGACAGCGACCUUGGUGUCAGUGCACGACAUGUGCGGGUCUAUGGAGCAGUGGCCCCCCAGAAAGUGAUGUCGCGCAAUGGCAGCCAGCGUUCAUUCCAGCUAAGUAUGAAGAGGGAGGAAACUUUGCCUACCUACAGUCCACAAAGCUCGUUGAAAAGGCAGAUGUCUAUGCGACACACGCGAUUCCCUUUGAAGAUAUCUUCCCCAGUCAAUCCUAUCAACAUAAACGAUGCGGCGUCAUCGAAGUACUCGAGGGACUCCACAGGAAUGACUAUUCCCGAUCUUGCUCAUCACCCGGCAAUGCAGUCAUCGCAUGUCUAAGAAAACAAAGUGAGACAAUGUGCUUUUGCGACGACACGACAAGGAGUUCAAAUGCGGGGACAUCAUUUGCGUUGGCGUUGACAG